AUGAUGUCACCAGAGGACAGCAGCACCCUGGAGGGCUUAUUGUAUGGCAGCCUCCAUGGUGACGAGGGGGAGGAGUCAGUGAAUCAGGGGAGCAGACAGUCAGGAGAGGAGAAUUCCACAGCCAGUGUAAGCCCCAGCUAGCCUGUAGUCUGGUCCCAGACUGUUCUGACGGCCAUACGUACUUGUUAUGACAACAGUAGAGGAGUUGGCUAAAACCCAUACAGUACUGUAAAAGGGGACAAAAUAAUAGCAUACGCCCCAGCUUUGUGAGCGAUCAAAUAUUUUUAAAUUAACAUUCAUAAACAGCCAUUGUAUCUGAAAAAAAUUAAUAGGGAAUUUGAUUAUUUCUUGACUAAAUAUCUUUACAUUUUGUUAGUAUUUUUGAAAAUGUAGUUGUGUGAGAACAGUCUCAAUGCUGGCCAAGGGCCCUACACUCUGAGUGGCGCAGUGGUCUAAGGCACUGCAUCGCAGUGCUAACUGUGCCACUAGAGAUCCUGGUUCGAAUCCAGGCUCUGUCGCAGCCGGCCGCGACCGGGAGACUCAUGGGCGGCGCACAAUUGGCCCAGCGUCGUCCAGGGUAGGGGAGGGAAUGGCUGGCAGGGAUGUAGCUCAGUUGAUAGAGCAUGGUGUUUGCAACGGCAGGGUUGUGGGUUCGAUUCCCACGGGGGGCCAGUAUAAAAAAUAUAUGUAUUCACUAACUGUAAGUCGCUCUGGAUAAGAGCGUCUGCUAAAAUGACUAAAAUGUAAAUGUACACUCCCUUUGUCUUCUAUGGGGUUCUAAUGAAUAGUUCAUGAUUUGCAAGCUUCCCAUAAAGAGAAGCUUUGCUCCUUUUUUGCACCGCUCCAGUAGCGCAUGUCUGAAAACUGCUCCCGGUAUAAACUGGGUUCAUCAUAAUGAACAUGCAUGUGCACACGCUUCAACUAACAGGCUGUGCAUUAGACCACACAACCACUAUGUACACAAAGUAAGCAGGAAAUCCAUGACCCUACAUUCUGAGUUGUCUUGUUUGAUGGAGGUAAUGGCGAUUGCAGGGAAACCAAGAAAUGUGGCUCUAUUUUUAUACAGAGUGGCAUCCACGAUCCCCUAAAAUGUCUCUUCAUGGCCCUGUUAAAUUAUCUAGCGUUAAUCAUCGAUCUGACAUGAGUCAGCUUACACCUCUCCAGUCAUUUCAUAUCAGUGAUUACCUCAAGUAACAGAGGAAGGCGGGAUGCAUUUGUAAAGUAUUACAACGGAGCCCUUGUGCCCCGGAAUGACAUUUCUAUUAUUGCUUUGCAGUCUCCAGCUACAGGCGUAGUAGAGGAGCCGUUGGUGUGUGCCGGCUGCGAGGGGCGUGUUUGCGACCGCUUUCUCCUAUUGGCUGCCGGGCGGGCGUGGCACGAGGCGUGUCUCCGCUGUAGCCAAUGCCAGUGUGAGCUGCAGACGCACCUCACACUCUACUGUCGUGACGGCAGCAUCUACUGCCAGCAGGACUACUGCAGGUGGCUCUACAGUCUUCACCCACUUUACACACCUCUGCUCUGGUUGCUUCGAUUCUGUCUCUACCUACUUAUCUGCAUCAGACCACUCAUUUGGUUGUUUUGGUCCCAUCUUCAUUGUCUUGUACAGUAAUACUCUGCAUGCUACUGACAAUCUUCUAUUUGCACACUUUUCUCUUCCGUCAAAGGUGAUUUCUUUUAGUGGAGCAUGUUAAUGUUGUAAAAGACCUGCUCAGGUCUCAUAUUGUUCAAGGAUAUUGAGUGCUAACAGAGAUCUUAUUUCUCUAACUGGCCAGGUUAUUCAGUGUGGGACGAUGUGCCCGCUGCUCCCAGCCAAUCCCGUCGUCAGCAAUGGUCAUGAGGUCUGGUGAUCUGACCUUUCACCCCGAAUGCUUUUCCUGCCAGGUUAGCUAUUUUGGAUCUAUAAUUAGCACUUACAGUACCUGUCCAAUUCUACUUUGACCACUAGCCCCUCUCCUACCUCCUAGACACUUCUAUAUAACUUUUUCAGCUCGAGACCCAAAUUAGAAAUUUGUGUCCUCCCAUGACCUAAAUUGUCAUCCGGUAACCCAAAUUAAGAAGAAAUAGUGUGAGAUUAUGGAUGUGUUCUCAUAACUAGCGAUCCACCUCUCACAUGCCCACUUUGACCCAUAGUUUAAGAAACCUAUCAGAGUAUAAGGUAGAGCAAUUACCCUUUCCGUAAUUGUUUAUUACUCAAACCUGUGGUAAUGGUGACCUUAUAUGCAUAAAAUCUAAUAAUUCUGUAUUUGUCAACCUGGGUACACGUUCGUUUUUUUUUCACUUCUAAAAGCUCUGACAAAGGCCAAGAGGCCCACACAUAAGCUUGAAUACACUUUAAUAGGAACAUAAUAGGAGGCUAUUGAAGUCACUCUCUCCAAGCACCGUUUUUAAUUACAUCAAUGGUGCUAAUUCUAUAUUUCAAGGAGUGUGAUGUCACCUUGAUGCCUGGAAACCUAUACUGCCAACAGGGACAGAGCCUGUACUGUCAAGCACAUUACCAUGAUUACUGCAGUGCUCCACCCUCUCACAAGCUCCACCUCAAGCAGAGAGAAGGUGAGUUAUUCAUAGAUGACAGAUGAUAUUCAAAUGGACAGUCUGCUAUAUCAACCUAUCUUGAUACAGCAGAAGGGGAGGAGUCUGCCAGCAGCCCUGAGCCACGACUGGAGGAUGGCGUUACAGGUGGCCUGGCCCGCAGGCGGACCAAGCGAAUCAGAACAUGUUUUCGGAGCGAACAGUUGAGAGCCAUGGAGUCCUAUUUCGCCCUGAAACACAACCCUGAUGGCAAGGAUUGGAGCUGUCUGUCUCACAGGACCGGUCUGCCCAAGAGAGUGCUUCAGGUUUGAGACAUAGAACAUAGGAUUUUAACUGUGAACAAAUUUUGACCGGAGUAGUGAUCCCAAAAAAAAUCAGUACAGGAUUAUGCGGACAAACUGUCACAAAUGGACAUUGAGGUCAAGCUUAAAAUGUGUGUGAUUUCUCAUCUCUAUCUCUCUCAUACACACACACUCUCUCAGGUGUGGUUCCAGAAUGCAAGGGCCAAGCUCAGGCGUUCCCUCUCAGCCGACGAGUCGCAGAGCAACUCACCCGCCCCCCAGAGGUUCGACGCCAUGGCUACGGCCUCCCCGUCCCAAGUGACCUCCUCCCACCAGUCCCAGUCCUUCCAGACCAGCACCAUUGACCAACUGGAGCUCUCUCUGCUCACCGCCCCUCUCAGUGACCCGCCCCAAAGCCCCACCGACCAAUCAGCAGGCUUUAAAGACACAUUCUUCCUGGACUACAAUUCCCAGGGUGCACCAAGGCUCUCCCCUUUGAUGACCUAUGACUUUGGG